GUAUGCGUAUCCUGGUGAAUCUCCUCCUGGACACUCUGCCCAUGUUGGGAAACGUCCUCCUGCUUUGUUUCUUCGUCUUCUUCAUCUUCGGCAUCAUCGGAGUGCAGCUGUGGGCGGGACUACUGAGGAACCGUUGCUACCUCGAGGAAAACUUCACCCUGUGAGUGACUGUGUGUGUGUGUGUGUGUGUGUGUGUGCAUGCGUGUGUUAAUUUGAUUGUGGUGUGAUUUAUCCUCGACAAGACUAUCUCCUCCCAGUCAGUAGCUGUACGUGAUUAAAUUCCUCGGUCGCCUCUCCAUAUUCAUGACCGAGAUGUAACGUGAAUGCCCGCGCUAACCUUGCCAAUGACAGAAUGGCACUGUAUGUGAGUGAGUGAGUGGGUCUGUACGUGUGUGUGUGUUAAUACUUGUGCGUGUGCAUACACGUGUGUGUUUGUGUGUGUGUGUGUGUGUGUGUGUGCGCGUGUGCACAUACAGUGGGGGAAAAAAGUAUUUAGUCAGCCACCAAUUGUGCAAGUUCUCCCACUUAAACAGAUGAGAGAGGCCUGUAAUUUUCAUCAUAGGUACACGUCAACUAUGACAGACAAAUUGAGCAUUUUUUUACCAGAAAAUCACAUUGUAGGAUUUGUUAAUGAAUUUAUUUGCAAAUUAUGGUGGAAAAUAAGUAUUUGGUCACCUACAAACAAGCAAGAUUUCUGGCUCUCACAGACCUGUAACUUCUUCUUUAAGAGGCUCCUCUGUCCUCCACUCGUUACCUGUAUUAAUGGCACCUGUUUGAACUUGUUAUCAGUAUAAAAGACACCUGUCCAUAACCUCAAACAGACACACUCCAAACUCCACUAUGGCCAAGACCAAAGAGCUGUCAAAGGACACCAGAAACAAAAUUGUAGACCUGCACCAGGCUGGGAAGACUGAAUCUGCAAUAGGUAAGCAGCUUGGUUUGAAGAAAUCAACUGUGGGAGCAAUUAUUAUGAAAUGGAAGACAUACAAGACCACUGAUAAUCUCCCUCGAUCUGGGGCUCCACGCAAGAUCUCACCCCGUGGGGUCAAAAUGAUCACAAGAACGGUGAGCAAAAAUCCCAGAACCACACGGGGGGACCUAGUGAAUGACCUGCAGAGAGCUGGGACCAAAGUAACAAAGCCUACCAUCAGUAACACACUACGCCGCCAGGGACUCAAAUCCUGCAGUGCCAGACGUGUCCCCCUGCUUAAGCCAGUACAUGUCCAGGCCCGUCUGAAGUUUGCUAGAGUGCAUUUGGAUGAUCCAGAAGAGAGCUGGGAUUGGGAGAAUGUCAUAUGGUCAGAUGAAACCAAAAUAUAACUUUUUGGUAAAAACUCAACUCGUCGUGUUUGGAGGACAAAGAAUGCUGAGUUGCAUCCAAAGAACACCAUACCUACUGUGAAGCAUGGGGGUGGAAACAUCAUGCUUUGGGGCUGUUUUUCUGCAAAGGGACCACGACAACUGAUCCGUGUAAAGGAAAGAAUGAAUGGGGCCAUGUAUCGUGAGAUUUUGAGUGAAAACCUCCUUACCAUCAGCAAGGGCAUUGAAGAUGAAACGUGGCUGGGUCUUUCAGCAUGACAAUGAUCCCAAACACACCGCCCGGGCAACGAAGGAGUGGCUUCGUAAGAAGCAUUUCAAGGUCCUGGAGUGGCCUAGCCAGUCUCCAGAUCUCAACCCCAUAGAAAAUCUUUGGAGGGAGUUGAAAGUCUGUGUUUUCCAGCGACAGCCCCAAAACAUCACUGCUCUAGAGGAGAUCUGCAUGGAGGAAUGGGCCAAAAUACCAGCAACAGUGUGUGAAAACCUUGUGAAGACUUACAGAAAACGUUUGACCUGUGUCAUUGCCAACAAAGGGUAUAUAACAAAGUAUUGAGAAACUUUUGUUAUUGACCAAAUACUUAUUUUCCACCAUAAUUUGCAAAUAAAUUCAUAAAAAAUCAUACAAUGUGAUUUUCUGGAUAUCUUUUUCUAAUUUUGUCUGUCAUAGUUGACGUGUACCUAUGAAGAAAAUUACAGGCGUCUCUCAUCUUUUUAAGUGGGAGAACUUGCACAAUUGGUGGCUGACUAAAUACUUUUUUUCCCCACUGUAUGUGUCUGCUCUCCUGGUGAGUUAUAAUCUGAUUCAGAGGGGUAUCUGUGUUCCUGACAGUGUCUCCUUCCAGAGUCUGUGUGUUCUAUCUAUGCUGACCUCAGCUUGUAUUAAUCAUUGGUCUAAUGCCAGAGAGAAAGAGGACCCAUGUCCUAUUUGGCUGACUUUGUCCCUCACUUAAACUGUAAACACUCCUAGUUGGAAGUCACAUUUUAGAAAGGUGUAAGAUAAUGCUGAAACCCAAUAGCCAUGUCUUACUAACGUUAAACAGUUUGUGUAUAAAUGGUAGACACUUUUAGCACUUUCUUGGGGGAGUAGCUAUUGCAAGUCUGCACUGAAGUAUGGUGAUAACUUUGUCCCAAGGGACAUACAUUUGAUGUAACUUUGCUACCAUAGUUUAAAGAUGCGUUACAGAGGUUUUGUAUAGUUUUCAACCAGUAGUUCUGGAAGUAGGACUCACGAGGCAAAACAAUUGUGUACAAAAUAAUAAUAAUUAAAAGGCCCUUUUUCAGGACCCUGUCUUUCAAAGAUAAUUCGUAAAAAUCCAAAUAACUUCACAGAUCUUCAUUGUAAAGGGUUUAAACACUGUUUCCCAUGCUUGUUCAAUGAACCAUAAACAAUUAAUGAACAUGCACCUGUGGAACGGUCGUUAAGACGUAGACAAUUACAGACGGUAGGCAAUUAUGAAAACCUAGGACACUAAAGAUGCCUUUCUACUGACUCUGAAAAACACCAAAAGAAAGAUGCCCAGGGUCCCUGCUCAUCUGCGUGAACGUGCCUUAGGCAUGCUGCAAGGAGGCAUGAGGACUGCAGAUGUGGCCAGGGCAAUAAAUUGCAAUGUCCGUUAUUGUGAGACGCAUAAGACAGCGCUAUAGGGAGACAGGACGGACAGCUGAUCGUCCUCGCAGUGGCAGACCACGUGUAACAACACCUGCACAGGAUCGGUACAUCCGAACAUCACACCUGCGGGACAGGUACAGGAUGGCAACAACAACUGCCCAAGUUACAUCAGGAACAGCAAUAGGCUGAGAGAGGCUGGACUGAGGGCUUGUAGGCCUGUUGUAAGGCAGGUCCUCACCAGACAUCACCGGCAACAACGUCGCCUAUGGGCACAAACCCACCGUCGCUGGACCAGACAGGAUUGGCAAAAAGUGCUCUUCACUGACGAGUCGCGGUUUUGUCUAACCAGGGGUGAUGGUCGGAAUCGCGUUUAUCGUCGAAGGAAUGAGCGUUACACCGAGGCCUGUACUCUGGAGCAGGAUCGAUUUGUAGGUGGAGGGUCCGUCAUGGUCUGGGGCGAUGUCACAGCAUCAUCGGACUGAGCUUGUUGUCAUUGCAGGCAAUCUCAACGCUGUGCGUUACAGGGAAGACAGCCUCCUCCCUCAUGUGGUACCCUUCCUGCAGGCUCAUCCUGACAUGACCCUCCAGCAUGACAUUGCCACCAGCCAUACUGCUCGUUCUGUGUGUGAUUUCCUGCAAGACAGGAAUGUCAGUGUUCUGCCAUGGCCAGCGAAGAGCCUGGAUCUCAAUCCCAUUGAGCACAUCUGGGACCUGUUGGAUCGGAGGGUGAAGGCUAGGGCCAUUCCCCCCAGAAAUGUCCGGGAACUUGCAGGUGCCUUGGUGGAAGAGUGGGGUAACAUCUCACAGCAAGAACUGGCAAAUCUGGUGCAGUCCAUGAGGGGAGAUGCACUGCAGUACUUAAUGCAGCUGGUGGCCACACCAUAUACUGACUGUUACUUUUGAUUUUGACCCCCCCUUUGUUCAGGGACACAUUAUUCCAUUUCUGUUAGUCACAUGUCUGUGGAACUUGUUCAGUUUAUGUCUCAGUUGUUGAAUCUUGUUAUGUUCAUACAAAUAUUUACACAUGUUAAGUUUGCUGAAAAUAAACGCAGUUGACAGUGAGAGGACGUUUCUUUUUUUACUGAGUUUAUACAGUGGGGAAAAAAAGUAUUUAGUCAGCCACCAAUUGUGCAAGUUCUCCCACUUAAAAAGAUGAGAGACGCCUGUAAUUUUCUUCAUAGGUACACGUCAACUAUGACAGACAAAAUUAGAAAAAGAUAUCCAGAAAAUCACAUUGUAUGAUUUUUUAUGAAUUUAUUUGCAAAUUAUGGUGGAAAAUACGUAUUUGGUCAAUAACAAAAGUUUCUCAAUACUUUGUUAUAUACCCUUUGUUGGCAAUGACACAGGUCAAACGUUUUCUGUAAGUCUUCACAAGGUUUUCACACACUGUUGCUGGUAUUUUGGCCCAUUCCUCCAUGCAGAUCUCCUCUAGAGCAGUGAUGUUUUGGGGCUGUCGCUGGGCAACACGGACUUUCAACUCCCUCCAAAGAUUUUCUAUGGGGUUGAGAUCUGGAGACUGGCUAGGCCACUCCAGGACCUUGAAAUGCUUCUUACGAAGCCACUCCUUCGUUGCCCGGGCAGUGUGUUUGGGAACAUUGUCAUGCUGAAAGACCCAGCCACGUUUCAUCUUCAAUGCCCUUGCUGAUGGAAGGAGGUUUUCACUCAAAAUCUCACGAUACAUGGCCCCAUUCAUUCUUUCCUUUACACGGAUCAGUCGUCCUGGUCCCUUUGCAGAAAAACAGCCCCAAAGCAUGAUGUUUCCACCCCCAUGCUUCACAGUAGGUAUGGUGCAACUCAGCAUUCUUUGUCCUCCAAACACGACAAGUUGAGUUUUUACCAAAAAGUUAUAUUUUGGUUUCAUCUGACCAUAUGGCAUUCUCCCAAUCCUCUUCUGGAUCAUCCAAAUGCACUCUAGCAAACUUCAGACGGGCCUGGACAUGUACUGGCUUAAGCAGGGGGACACGUCUGGCACUGCAGGAUUUGAGUCCCUGGCGGCGUAGUGUGUUACUGAUGGUAGGCUUUGUUACUUUGGUCCCAGCUCUCUGCAGGUCAUUCACUAGGUCCCCCCGUGUGGUUCUGGGAUUUUUGCUCACCGUUCUUGUGAUCAUUUUGACCCCAUGGGGUGAGAAAUUGCGUGGAGCCCCAGAUCGAAGGAGAUUAUCAGUGGUCUUGUAUGUCUUCCAUUUCCUAAUAAUUGCUCCCACAGUUGAUUUCUUCAAACCAAGCUGCUUACCUAUUGCAGAUUCAGUCUUCCCAGCCUGGUGCAGGUCUACAAUUUUGUUUCUGGUGUCCUUUGACAGCUCUUUGGUCUUGGCCAUAGUGGAGUUUGGAGUGUGACUGUUUGAGGUUGUGGACAGGUGUCUUUUAUACUGAUAACAAGUUCAAACAGGUGCCAUUAAUACAGGUAAUGAGUGGAGGACAGAGGAGCCUCUUAAAGAAGAAGUUACAGGUCUGUGAGAGCCAGAAAUCUUGCUUGUUUGUAGGUGACCAAAUACUUAUUUUCCACCAUCAUUUGCAAAUAAAUUCAUAAAAAAUCCUACAAUGUGAUUUUCUGGAUUUUUUUUCCUCAAUUUGUCUGUCAUAGUUGACUUGUACCUAUGAUGAAAAUUACAGGCCUCUCUCAUCUUUUUAAGUGGGAGAACUUGCACAAUUGGUGGCUGACUAAAUACAUUUUUUCCCCACUGUAUGUAUAUAUACAGUGUAUAUAUAUAUAUAUUUUUUUUUUAUGCAAUUUGUAUGAUAUGUUUCGAAUUUGUAAGUGCUUAAGAUCCCGUUCUAUCUCUUUAAGCAGUUAAGUGUCCAUGGCAGCUUUCAGAUGGGAGCUUUAACUUGUGUAGCAGAAAGCUCAGCUCAAGGAUAGUAUUAACUAAUGCUAAGGGUUAGCCAGAGUUGUUGGAUGCUUAAUUGAAGGACCCUUGUGUAUUAGCCAGUGAGUAUGCUAAUGGUGAGAUGAGAGGUUGCACUGGGAGGUGGUUAGCUGGAGUAGCUGAAUGUUACAGCGGAGGACAGUACACCUCUCUUGCUUCAUCUACAUCUCUCUCCUCUUCCUCUACUCUUGUUGCCCUCUCUCUCCACCCCUCUCCUUCUUCUCUCCCUCUUUCUCUUCCUCUCCUUUAUCACUCUCCCUCCCUAUCAUCUCCCUUCUUACAUUACCUUUCCUUAUUAUUCUCUCUUCCCUCCCUUUCCCCCAUUUAUUUUCAUCCCUCUCUCUCUCCCCUGCUUUUUCUCCUUCAACCUAGCUACACUGACAGACUGCACACCUCUCCAUCUCUCCCUUCGUCCCUCCAUCCCUCUCUGGCUGGCAGGUGUUUUCUCAGUGGCUUGCCGCUCUGUGCUGAGCCGUGCUGAUGCAUGCUGUUCUGGGCUGUAGUUGUAGCUAGGCUCCUGGCGGCAGUUCACUUCUCAUUCACACUCCACUACCCCACAGCCUCCACUGUGUGUCUGCGUGCAAGGUCUAUGUGUGCGUCUGUCCAUCCGCCUGUCCAUGUGUGUAUGCAUACUAUUACACAGGUCGAUAUAAGUCACCUUAGCUUCCCUUUAGCUUCAACUGAACAGGAAGCGGUGCAGUCGGUCUGAUCAGUUGACAGUCUUGGUGGUUAUUGAUCCUGUUGUGGUUCUCAGUAUGUCUGUGGUCUCUCUCUGUGGUCAAGGACAAAGACUAGAUGUCAGCAGAAUACAGCUUGGUAUUGAGGAGGAGACAGAACACAGACAGACUGGUGAUGGAAUGACACCCAAGGGAUAUGAGCCGUUUACCCUUCAGUGAAUACAAUGAACCAUGACUAGAGCCCUAAUGCUUUGCUCCUGAGGGGUAUUGUGUAUAUGUAUGAACUAUGGCCUAUGGGUGUGUGUGUGUGUGUGUGUGUGUGUGUGUGUGUGUGUGUGUGUGUCCGCGCGCAUGCGUGUGUAAGUGCGUGCGUGUGUGCAUCUUAGAACCCUUUUUCAAUCAGUAUUAAAUGUGACCUAUAGGUGUGUUCCUUUCCUGGUCAGAGAGAGAGAGCAAACAGAGGAUAGAGAGAUGGAGAGGAGAGGAGAGGAGAGGAGAGGAGAGGAGAGGAGAGGAGAGGAGAGGAGAGGAGAGGAGAGGAGAGGAGAGGAGAGGAGAGGAGAGGAGAGGAGAGGAGAGGAGAGGAGAGGAGAGGAGAGGAAUUUCUCUCAAACAGACAGAUGAAUAGUCAGUCUGCUCUCAUAUAGAGGAAACAGGACACACAUAUAUUCAUGCAUUGGUAUGCUAAAACAUUCCAGUCAGGUUUGUCUAGUCUACAGUAUUUAUUCUCAGUAGAAUUGCCCAGCAAUGAUUUUUGGGAAAUUACUAGUUCCACUUCAACUGAUGACAAUCAUUUAAAGUCUGAUUUGGUCUUUGUGUGUCAUUAGAUUAAUUAACAAAAAUAAAAAUCACCUGCACGGGCACUUCAGCUAAGAUUGCAGAAGUGCGUUAAAGGCAUGUUUAAAAACUCUGGUAGUGAGUAUAUGAUAUUCCAAGAGUUGGGUUAGUGUCGGACUGGAGUCUGGUCAAGUGGGUAAAUGAGCCCUACGCACUUCUGCUCCCCCUACUCUGUCUUCCUGUUUCCGCUACUAUCCUGUCAUAAUAGUAAAAAUACAUGAGCAGUUCAGAAUUGGGUAAGUGUAUGUGUGCGUGCCUGUGGUGUGUUAAUGUGUGUGUGUGUGUGUGUGUGUGUGUGUGUGUGCAGCCGUGCAUGUGUGUGUGCAUAUAUCUUUGUGUGCUUACGUGUGUGUGUGAUCACACAUGCAUGUUUAUGACACACUUUUUCUCUCUCUCCCCCUCCAGUUCAUCAGGUCUGACCCUGCCCGCCCCGUACUACCAGCCGGAGGAGGAUGACGAGCGCCCUUUCAUCUGCUCUCUGGCCCAGGAUAACGGGAUCAUGUCAUGUGGUGACGUCCCAGCCCGGAGGGAGGGGGGAAGGACCUGCUGUCUGGACAGGGAGGAUGCCUACCACCGCCAGUCCCUGGGGCUCAGCCCUGAACCACUAGUCAACGGUUCAGACAGUGCAGUGGGUCUCUGUAUCAACUGGAACCAGUACUAUACUAGAUGCCAUACUGGACAUAGUAAUCCACACAAGGGGGCAAUCAACUUCGAUAACAUCGUAUACGCCUGGAUUGUUAUCUUCCAGGUAGGUGUGGAUGGGGGGAGGGGAUGGGGUGUGGGGGGAUGAUGGUGUGGGGAGGGGAUGAGGGGUUUGGGGGGGGGGGGUUUGGGGGUGGGGGAGGGGGUAGGGGGGUGGGGAGGGGAUGAGAGUGGGGGAGGGGUAUAAGGGUGUGGGGAGGUGAGGGGAGGGGGAGGGGAGGGGGAGGGGAGGGGAGGGGAGGGGAUGAGGAUGUGGGGAGGGGGGUGGGUGGGUGUGGGGGGGGGGGGAGGAUGGUGGGGGAGUGGAUGAGGGUGUGGGGGAGGGGAUGAGAGUGUGGGAAGGGGGUGUGGGGAGGGAAUGAGGGUGUCGGGAGGGGUUGUGGGGAGGGGGUGUGGGGUGGGGUGGGGUGGGGAUACACACACACACUCACUCACAGACACACACACAAACCCUCACCUGGUUGUGUAUCUGUCUCCAGGUGAUCACUCUGGAGGGCUGGGUAGAGAUCAUGUACUAUGUAAUGGAUGCUCACUCCUUCUACAACUUCAUCUACUUCAUCUUCCUCAUCAUUGUAAGUACACUACACACACCAUUCACAUGACGUUAUCAGAACAAAUCUGUCCUGUGUUUUGUCAAUUAGUCUGUAACUGGGCUUCCACCACAAAACAACGCCCUGUUAGGUUCGCAAAAUUCUGAUUCCUGGAAGCAGGAAAUCAGGAAUCCUCUAACCAGGAUUUCUGGAAAACCUAUAGGAAAUUUGGGAAAGAUACCAGAAUGUUGCAACCCUACGCCCUAUGCGUUAAGAGCUCAAUUGAGAUUGUUUGCUUUCAUUUUUUUCAUACGCAAAACUGGCCUUCAGUGUCUAUGGGCAAAGUUCCUCCGACUGAAACGUGAGGAGGGAGUGUGAUCUGUGAUGCACUCUUUCCACUCUGAUCUUACUGCACCCUACUACUCUGGCUUUAUAAGUGUUUCCUCUUUCCCUCUGAGGUCUCAUUUCCUGGCCCUCCUAUAGCUCCUAUGGGGCUCGUUUCUGACUGGCAGAUUUCAGUGUUAAUAGACUUGUAAAAUCGGACCAUAAGAUACACAGUUUCCAGAAUCAAUGCCCAGGUAUACAGUAAAGUGAAUUUAUCUGUGGUUGAGGUUUAAUCUCUGUAAUGGAGGUGAGAACAAAGAGGGGGCUGAAAGGUUGGCCCUCCUGUUCCUUCUUGCUUUAUUGGCGGCCAUGUUUUAUGAAGAGUAUAAACACUGAUGAAUACGCCUGAAGCUGGAGAAAUACGGGCCAGCUUUAGAAUAUCCGGUGGAGAGAGGAGGGAGAUUAGGGAGAGAGAGGAGGGAGAGAGAUGGGGAGGAGGAGGGAGAGACAUGGGGAGGAGGGAGUGAAAGAGAGAUGGGGAGGAGGGAAAGAGAGAGAGAUGGGGAGGAGGGAAAGAGAGAGAGAUGGGGAGGAGGAAGGAGAGAGGAAGAGAGGAGGAGGAGGAGGAGAAGGAGGAGAUGGAGAAUAAAGAGAGAGAAUGAAGGAAAGAGAGGGAUGAAUUAUGUAUAUGAAGAAAGAGUUUGAGAGACACAAACGUAGAGAGAGAAGGAGGGAUGAGGAUAUGAGAUAAAACAGAAAGAGGAGAAUGAAAAGAGAGAGACGAGAAGAGAGGGAUGAAAGGAAGAGAAAGUGUGGAGUAAAUGAAGAGGAGGAUGGACCGAUAAAAGGAGAAGAGAAGAGUGGGUGUCUAGCCUGCAUACUUCAGAGAGAAACAGGUUGAGAUGUCUCCCUCUCUGCAGGCGUCAGGUCGCUCAGUGGCACCCGGCGGCCAUUUUAAUCCGCGCCUUGCGGCGUGCUGUCUGACUAGCAAUAGGUCUUAAUCCAUCUUGGGUCACAGCGAGCGACAGAAUUAGCAUUAGCGUUUAAUUAGGGACGAUCAGAGCGAUGGGCUCUGAUCGAGAGUUCCUUGGGCCUCGCGAGUGUGUGACACAUACACACACACACGCACACUCGUCUACCCACACACACAUACUUGUGACGCGGAUCCUAACGGAGAGACAUGCUGUCCCCAGGGUGAUGCCAUGUCAUCAUGUGUUCAUAUCCCAGCAUGCAUUGCCAGACGGCCCUCUGAGGACUCAGAGGAAGUGACUGCUGUGAAUUCUGGGUAGUUAUUUGAAGGAAAGGAGAUGAGAUCCUAUACGGCAGGGUUCUUCAAUUCCGGUCCUGGAGGGCUGAAACACUUCUGUUUUUUAUUUCUACCUGGUAGUUAAUUGCACUCACCUGGUGUCCCAGGUCUGAAUUAGCCCCUGAUUAGAAGGAGAGGAUGAAAAACAGAGGUGUUUCGGCCCUCCAGGACCGGAAUUGAAGAACCCUGCUAUACGGUAUUCACAUUCUCAAAUAAACUUGUGAGAGAAACAUCAUUGGGAUUAAUCAGCAAUACUAUACAGUUAGACUCUUAUUGGUUAGCUUUUUGAGAGGACAGUCAUAAACCUGUUGGAUUCAUGCUCUUAUCUUUACGACCGCAGAGCAGCUCCUCUCUAGACCCUCCCACUAUUACCAUGCAGAGAACCCUCCAUGUCAUCACCACUAACAUGAGCAGGGGGUCUUUUCUAGUCUAUUGUGUGUGUGUUCAAUUCUAUCAAACCCGCAUUGCAGUAGCUCUUUUUGAGUGGUUAAAUAAAAUCACAAAAUGGUUUGGGUUUCUGUAAAACCUACUACUGCAAAGAGGUAGACUCCUUUCAAAAGUAUAUGAUUCCUAUUCAUCAGAAUAAGAAGUGUGUGUGUGUGGGCAGGAGUUUGUAAACACUGGCAAUACGUAAACAAUUAUAUUGCGAGUUUGAUUGAAUGCCAGGCAGAAUAUCACUGUACCGUUAAAUAGGCCUAAUCCUGCUAAGAUGAUUGUGUUGUAGUGUCGAGAAAACUAUGCUGAGAUGCUGUGAGAACAAGAAUUCCGCUGACACUGUCCUCGAUUAUAAUUAUUUAUUACAUUUGAAGAUCUCAGCGCCAAUUUACAGAUAUCUGCAGACAUCUGGAGAAUAACCGGACCCAAUCUCUAAAUAUGUUAUUCUCCCUUCCUUUGUCCCAAACCAUAGUAUAUAUCCUAUGUAACCUGAUAUGGGUGUUUUCCCCUACAGACCAAUCCCAGGACUCCACCUAACAGACUUCCUCUGCUUUAGGGUGCCCCUAUACAACUACUCUCCAGGUGCUCCCCUUAAGCUAAGUCAACAUCCUCUAACACCAUUUGCAACCAUUAGCAAAGUCAUAAAUUGUCCAGAUACCACAGUGUCAUGGUGGUGUGUGAAUACAUAAGCGAUCACUUGGUUGGCAAGUCUGAAACAGAGGCUGGCAUUGGCAGCGCACAUUCUGAUUGUCAGCGUCCUUUGAGACUUGGAGACAGGCGUCAAAUCGCAGCAUAGUCACGUCUCUCUGGGGAUAAUGCAGCAACUCGAUUGGCUUUAACCUCUGUGUGUGGGCGUGUCUGAACUUCUUCCGUAUCUUCCCUCCAAGUUCUCCUCUUCCUCUAUCUGCUCCAAUCGCAGUCAUGUUAGCCUGUUGCUCGGCAACUGACUGGUGACUGGCAGUUUUUCCCUUAGGCACAGAUCUAGGAUCAGCUUACCCUCCCAAAAGCGUCAAUGUAACAUUAGGGAGUAAAAAGUACAACUGACCAUAGAUCACUGUCUAGGGACAAUGUACCUUACUGUUGAGUAGCCCUUUGGCCCGCUGUAAAGGCUCCUUAGGCUCAGUGGAAGUGGAGCUGACCAUUUGGGGUACUGUAUGUUGUUCUUAGUUAGAACCACCUUGGUUAUUUUCUUAAUCUCUCCAACAGUCUCUCUCUCUCUCUCUCUCUCUCUCUCUAUCUCUCUCUCUCUGUCUCUCUCUGUCUCUUCUCUCUCUGUCUCUCUCUCUCUCUCUCUCUCCUCUCUCUCUCUCUCUCUCUCUCUUUUCUCUCUCACUCUCUCUCUCUCUGUCUCUCUCUCAAUUCAAUUCAAAGGGCUUUAAUAGCAUGGGAAACAUAAGCAAAUGAAAUAGAUGAAAUAAACAAUCAAAAAUGAACAGUAAACAUUGCACUCACAAAAGUUUUAAAAGAAUAGAGACAUUUCAAAUGUAAUGUUAUGGCUAUGUACAGUGUUGUAACGAUGUGCAAAUAGUUAAAGUACAAAAGGGAAAAUAAAUCAACAUAAAUAUGGGUUGUAUUUACAAUGGUGUUUGUUCUUCACUGGUUGCUAUUUUCUUGUGGCAACAGGUCACAAAUCUUGCUGCUGUGAUAUUUGUGGUAUUUCACCUAAUAGAUAUGGGAGUUUAUCAAAAUUGUAUUUGUUUGCGAAUUCUUUGUGGUUCUGUGUAAUCUGAGGGAAAUAUAUGUCUCUAACAUGGUCAUACAUUUGGCACGAAGUUAGAAAGUGCAGCUCAGUUUCCACCUCAUUUUAUAAUAUAUAAUAUAAUAUGCCAUUUAGCAGACGCUUUUAUCCAAAGCAACUUACAGUCAUGUGUGCAUACAUUUUUACGUAUGGGUGGUCCCGGGGAUUGAACCCACUACCCUGGCAUAACGAGCGCCAUGCUCUACCAAUUGAGCUACAGAGGACCACUUUGUGGGCAGUGUGCACAUAGCCUGUCUUCUCUUGAGAGCCAGGUCUGCCUACUCUCUCUGUGUGUCUCUCUCUCUCUCUCCCUCUCUCGCAAAAACAUGCUCUCUCGUCGUCCUCUCCUCCUCUCUUCUCUCUCCUCUCUUCUCCUAUUUCUUAUCCUCUCCUCUCCCCUGCUUCUCCCGGAGGCUCCCUUUUCUUGUCCUCUAUAUUAAGGGCUGGUAUUACGUGGAGUUUAUAAAUCAAAGGUUGUCAGAUGAUCCUAUAAGUGAGCUCUACCUGUGAAUGACUUACAGACUCGGAAGAAUUUUUGACUCCCAUAUUACUGCGUCAAACAAUAGCUGACACUCUACUGUACUUCUAGUAAAGGCUAGUAAUUCUGCCUGUUUCAAGUUGAUGUGUCAUGAAAGAAAGAUGAAGAUAUGCUUGACUAUACAUGAAACCUUAAAGCUGAGUGACACCAAGAAGGGAUGCUCUUUGCUGACAGUGUGAAGCGUGUGUGUGUGUGUGUGUGUGUGUGUGUGUGUGUGUGUUUGUGUGUGUGUGGUGUGUGUGUGUGUGUGGUGAGUGCGUGCGUGUGUGUGUGUGAUUAGUGAUUCUGAUCAGCAGGCUACUCUGAUCCUAAUCACCAGGAUGUCCAAUAUCACUGAUUCACAUUAUUAAAGCAUUAUGCACAGGCACAGGCCCACACACACACACACACACACACACACACACACACACACACACACACACACCACACACACACACACACACACACACACACACACACACACACCUGUCUGGAGGCGAAUCAAAGGCCCCACACACCUGCAGACCAGCCCUGAUCUAGGAUCACAGAUGGGGCCCUCCCUCCCCUUCUUCUCUUCUCUCUACUUAUCCCUGUCCACUCUACUCCCUUCUUCCUCCUCGUCUCUUCCCAAUCUCCCCCUCUCUCUUUCACCUUUCUAAGGGACUUUGAUCCUCAGUGUGGAUGGAUAUGUGUGGGCUGUCGUUUGUGUGGUGUUGUGUAAGGUGUCAGAUGUGAGACUGAGGGGAAUGAGCUGUGGGAUGUAGAGGUACCCUGCUGUGAAGCUUCCUCUCUCCUCUCCACUCUGGAACACACCUCUCUUCUCCUGUCCUUCCUCUUCUCAUCUCUCUUCUACACUCUGUUGUGAAGAUUUAGAGGCUGGACCGCCUAUUCCAGGGGUGUCAUUUCUCUCUCAGUUUGUGCAGUCGAAGGCUUCCGGGUAUAGGGGGAGGAGAAGAGGAAAGACGAGAAGGAAAGGAAGGAAGACUACUAGCUCCCACUCCUACUCCUCUCCUCUCCUCUCCUCUCCUCUCCUCUCCUCUCCUCUGCUCUCCCUUUUUAAAGAGACUUAGUGCUAUGUUUAAUAGCUACACAGUGCUGCCACAUCCGUCACACAGCUCCACACACUCUGAGCCUGAUCCACCCCUAGGAGACGUGUGUGUUUGUGCGUGUUUGUGUGUGUGCGUGUUUCUGUGUGUGUGUGUGUGUGUGUGUGUGCUUGUGCAUGUAUGCUCGCGUGCCGGCGUGCAUGUAUUAGUGUGUGUGAGUGUACAGAUGCGCUAUCUUCAUUUGAAAAUAAUCCUGCAGCAACAGGAAAUGUGAAUUAUUAUGUGGAUUAUAAUUAAUGGACAUUUCUUGUAGGGGUUGAUACAUUUUUCGUUAGGCCAAAUCAAGUCUGAAAUUCUAAAGUGGAAAUUACAAAUUUGCAUACGCUACAAUUUGCAUUUUAACAUAGCAGAUCUGUGUGUUGUUUGGAAGACAACUCCUAUGGGUUUUCUCUGGGUGGGGUCCAGUGGGUUGUACAUCUCUCCUAUUGAUCUGAUCAGGAGAGGGAAGCUGUGCAGCAGAACCUAACAACCUGCCCUGCAGUCUGCCUGUCAGAUAACACUUCAUCACCCCACAGGGUCAGCCAGGGGCCAGGUAAACUCCUGGGCUGCCCUCCCCUUUUCCCCAAACUGUGCAUUCUGUGCAAUCCUUCACUUCCCUUGCAUGGAUUUAGAAGAAAUGGACUGGUGUAAGGAUUGUGGUUUCACCAAUCCAAUGCUUAUGAGGGGCAGUGAGCAAGUCCACACUUCAGGGAGAAGGGUAGAGAAUGCAGGCGUUCUCUCUUUUCUGACUCACACUGGUCCUGAUAUUGGGUAAGAAGAAACAGUUGUGUGAAUGAAGAUCACAUUUUUUUUUAGUAGAGAGAGAGAGAGAUAAUAUUAUAAACAGAGUGAGACUUUGUGUCUACUUGCAUUGAGCAUAAUCUAUUUUUUAUUUAUUUAUCUGUCUCUCCCAAUAACACUCUGACUGUUAGAAACUACAGCCUUCUUAGACCUUUAGAAUGAGCGCUAACAUCACUCUAACAUUGCUAAGGGGGAAACAGCAUACAAACAGCACACUUUAUUAGCAUCAAUGCUAACUUGAGAGGAAAAAACAGCAACAGUGUGUACUGUAUGUGCGGGUGGGUAGAGGGUGGUCGACCAAAACUGAAGGAGACAUACUGUUUAUAUCUAACUCCCAAAUGAUGAGACCAGAGGCAUAUCUUGAUACUAAUGAUGAAGGAAUGAUUGUCUAAUGUGCUAGAGAUAUUCUGGUUGUCAUUUGUUAGUGUAAUGUGUUACUCCUCGGGCCAUCACUAAAAUAAAGUCUUGCUCUAUGUAUUUUCCCUCCUACUCUCGUCCACUUCCUCUUUCGCUUUGGCCUCUCUGCUCUAUUAUCAUACUCCUCUUUCCCUCAGUCUGCAGUAGAGGUAAACCAUAAUGAAGUACCUCAAGAUAUGUCUGGAGGCCUGGGGUCCCCCUGAUUGUAAUUCACUCAUCUCAAAGCAAAAAAGAGAAUCUUGCGUGCGCUGGCCAGCAACUCCAUUAUAGACUACCAGUGGUCUUUCACUGUACGUUUCUGUGUGUGUUUCUGGUUGCCCUUCAGCACUCACUACAGUAACUCUGUGUUUCUAACUCAUCUCUGACUAUCCACCACUUCACAGAUUGGCUCGUUCUUCAUGAUCAACUUAUGUCUGGUGGUCAUCGCCACCCAGUUCAGUGAGACCAAGCAGCGGGAGCACCAGCUGAUGCAGGAGCAGCGGGCCCAGUGCCUGUCCUCCUCUACCCUGGCCAGCCUGCAUGAACCGGGGGACUGCUACGAAGAGCUCUUCCAGCUGGUCUGCCACAUGCUGCGCAAGGCCCGCAGGAGAUCUGUAGCCCUGUAUAACCAACUGAGAGGAAGGCCUCUGCCACCACCACCCACUAGAGGGAGAGGAAGAGGAAGAGGAGGAGGGGAAGGAGGAGGGAAUGCGAACGGAGGGGACAGGCAUCACCCGAGGCAGCCGCGACGUAAGUGGGAGGCAGCGGGUGGGAGCACAAGAAAGAGAGUUUUUGUUAAAUGCCUAAACUUGAAAUGUAACAUUAUAUUAGCCUCUUUCACAUUGUUUCGUGCGAGCCAGUGGGAUGAGUCUUGUUGAAUCUCUCGACUUUCAAAGAUCUUUGGCGCUAGCACACACUGGCUUACAUGUAUAUAGUGCGACAAUGUGAAGGUGGCUAUUGAUGCUGUUAGUGAUAAGCUGAUUCUUUCUCACACUCCCUCUCUAUCAUUCAUUAGAAUCUCACUGUCCUCACCAAAGCAAGCUGGACCCAAUCCACAGCUCCCAACCACUGGGCAACUCCAUUGCCCUGGCUGUCCCUCAAAACACAGAGGACUGCCCUCAGUGUGCUGCGGCACUGUCACUCAGGGAGGGGGCGGGAGCUGUGGGCGACUCAGCCAAUGGGGAGGAGGAGGAGGGGGCCGUGGAGGAGACGGACAGGGAGGAGAACCACUUGGAGGAGAAAGCAGAAGAGGGGGAGGGAGUGAAGAAGAAGAGGAAGAGGAGGUCGUGUUUUGGGCACUGUAAGGACAUGUGGGAUGAGAUGAGGAAGAAACUUUGGGGCAUCGUGGAGAGCAAAUACUUCAAUAGAGGAAUCAUGAUCGCUAUUCUCAUCAAUACUAUCAGCAUGGGGAUAGAACAUCACAACCAGGUAAAUAUACUAUUCUCAUCGAUACUAUUAACAUGGGAUAGAACACCACAAAAGGUAAACUAUACCACAGUCAGGGAGCACAGCACAUAUACACAACGUGCACAACAUCAGUAUUGCUCUUUAGUCCCCAAAGCUAACCCAUUGACUAGCUUAGUGGGCUAGCAAGGUCGAGAUUCGUCCAAUGGAUGAGUACUACAAGUUAUUAGAAGUCAGAUAUCAGUGACAUACAUGGAACACCAUCAAUAUGGGCAUUUAUUGUAACAUUAUACAACCGAUAGACCACCACAAUGAUAUCACUAUAAAAGCUAGGUAGGUACACACUAAACCUGCUUCUGGUGCUGGCUGGCUUCUCUCCUGAGAGAGACAGAGGAAGGUAGGGAGCUGCCUGUGUGGAAGGGGUGUGGUAGCUUCAUGCCAAAAUUCACACACCCACCCUGGCUGUUACAUAACCGCUCCUACCUCCCUCAACUCCUCUCUUUCUCCAUCUAGCUCUCUCCGUCCCUCCUGUCUCACACCACUCCUUUCCCUACCUCUUUCUGUCUCCCUCCUCCCCUGUCUCUGUCCAUCCCUCCCUCUCCCUUCUCAAUUCUGUCUCUCUCUCUCUCUCUCUCUCUCUCUCUCUCUCUCUCUCUCUCUCUCUCUCUCUCUCUCUCUCUCUCUCUCUCUCUCUCUCUCUCUCUCUCUCUCUCUCUCUCUCUCUCUCUCCCUCCAUCCCUCCCUCUGUCUCCAUCUCUCAUCCACCCCCUCACUCCUUGACGGCAUGCAGAGGAGUCGGUUCUCUCAUCUCUGAAGACUCUAAAAAUAACAGAGGGAUGUGGGGAGAGGAGGAGAGGAGGACAGGAACUCAAAGAGAGAGAAGAGGGAGCAGACGCCUGUUACGCAGCAUUUUCAGCUCUAUUCCCUGCAUGCAUGUACACACACACUCCAACGGCAUUACACAAUGGUCUCUCUGGGCUGAGGCAGAGGCAGAGGCGUUGUGUGUUCUGCAGUAGAUUUCUAAGUGUUAUUCCAGGUGGUUGUGUUCUAUAACUGAAAGCGUAUGUGUUUCCCUCUUUGGUAACAGGGCUUACUAAUACUUUAUUGUAUCAUUCCCCUGAGGGAAGGAUGACAUGAAAUGUGUUAAGAGCAUACAGUGAGGAUAUGACCUUCAGUAGAUGUCCUUCAGAUUCGUUACUUGUAGUCUUCAUUCAGAGCUGCUGUGUGUGUGUUGUUUGUUAUGUGUGUGACGUGUGUGACUGCAUAAUCUCUGACUCAUCAGCAUUCAUCUUUCACAUCAAUGGUAGCAUGACUGAGAGGGUCCCCCUAUUAGCAUUUAUAUACAGCGUGUGUGUGUGUAUAUUCAGUAAACAUUCAAUGAUAGAAGCAAGAGAACUACAAAGAGAGAGGGAUGGAGAAAGAAGGGGGAGAGAGGGAUGUGCAGGCAGGGAGGUGCAGGUAUCUGUGAGGGAGGAAAUGAAAGACAGGAAGGAGAGAUGAAAGGGUAAACAGGUGAGAGGGGAAAAGAGGAGAGAGAGGGACAGAAGGAGAAAGGGAGGGAGGGAGAGGAGGUGGGAAGGCUGAGAGAGGAGGAAGACAGAAGGGGAUAGCUUUUUUUGUUCAAUUGGCCAAUCCACUCUUCGGAGGACAAAAGUAACUUUGUUUUACAUUUUUAUUUUGUACAGCUUUUUUUUUUUGCAUAUACAUUUUACACACAUUUCACAUACAUGCUACUUUUAUACACAGUAAUUAAACAACAAAAGCAUUUAAAAUAUAUAUAUUUUUUAUUAUACACAUUACAUUUUGGAUAGAUAGGACUCCUGUCCACAACGCCCUAGCAAAACCCAAGCCUACUUGAUGGUAAUAGUGCUCACUGUUACCCCUAGUUGCUGGUUUUGAAGGCAUUUCCUGACGUUGACAUGGACAGACAUCCAAUUUCUAAGUCAAUCUUGAGCGAUCUGGCUGACGUAAUUACCACAUGUCUGUGCUGAAAUAGGUUGAAUAUUUACCUAGUGAAAACUACAACUCCCUUCAGCCCAGCGUCCCACUUAGUUCUUGACUUAAUUUCUCUCGUGAAUGAUUUGAUUUCUCUAAGGAGACCUCACAAAAAAUGUAUAAAUGGAAUUCAAGUAAUUUAACCGACGUUGGUCAAUUAGUUAUUUAAUAACCCAAAAAAUAACGACAUUUGAGUUAAUCAGUCAGCACUAGGUCUCAUCCUCUCCCCAUCCUCUCCUCCCUUCAUCCCCUCAUCUCCUCCACCAUGCCUGCCAGUCUGUUUUACUCCUCCUUCUUUUGUCUUCUUCUCUCCUCUUGUUUUUUUCUCUCCCUGAGCUGAUCGAUAGAGAGAUAUUGAUCACGGAGAGAUGGAGGUGCCUGGUAAUGAGACAAAGAGAGAGAGGGAACAGAGAAAAACAGGAUUAGAGGAGAAGAAAGAGUGUCUUGGCUAGCCUGUAUCUCUAUUGUCCUUGAUACACAGAUUUCACUGGUAAUCACAGAUACCAUCUGAUCCAUAUCACAUACGCGCUGCGGAGUGUGGGGAUAGGCUUUAGCGAGUGUGUGUGUGUGUGUGUUUGUGCACUAAUCCUGCUUCCAAGCAAGCACAAUCUUCUGGACAGAAAAUGGCAGCACUACAUCCCUUUGCUCUCUCUCUCUCCCUCCCUCUCUCUCUCUCUCUCUCCCUCCGUCCCUCCCUCCAUCGGUCUCUCUGAAAACAAUAACAUGACAUUUCAGGCCAGUGUUCAUGUUGUCUCUUUUCUCAUUUUCAUUCGUAAAAGUUACUGAGCCACUGAGGUGGAUGUAGCUCACUAUAUCAAGUUGUAUAGCCUGUUGUGUUGUGUUGUAGUCUAUGUGACAGGUUUGUACAGGUGUCUCAGUACUGAAAGUGUGUUGGUUGUCUGCAGUUUCAUAUUGUUCAAUUGUUGAAGGCAGUAUUAUAAUAAUUAAAAUGUAAAAAAUCUGAUUCUACCUCAGUAACUCUCUCUGCCUUCUCUUUUUAUUCUGGUCUCUCCAUCCAGCCGGAGGAGCUGACUAACGUGUUGGAGAUCAGUAACAUUGUGUUCACCAGUAUGUUCACCCUGGAAAUGAUCCUCAAGCUGACCGCCUUUGGCUUCUUCGCCUACCUGAGGAACCCCUACAACAUCUUCGACGGCAUCAUCGUCAUCAUCAGGUCAGGGGGCCUGCCCAACGUUACCACAGAAUUUUAUCCAGAACGUGACCAGAAUGUUACAGGAAUUAUGUUAAUAGGAUGUAACCAGAACAUUACCAGAACAGUUACCAUGUCAGAAUGUCACAGCUUUGGGAUGUCAGUUGGAAUGUUCGAAUAAUGGAUGUUGGAUUGUCCCCUUGAGCUUUUGGGUUGGCAUUGGAAGAUUCUGACAGCUGAAUGUUCCCGUUGGUUUCUGUUUGGGAUCAGAGGGGAAAUUAGGAAACGUUGCUGUCUGGAUUUGUGUCUGUUCUAUUUUGUUCUCUCCCUUUCUCUGUCUGUCUGACUCAUCUUUUCUCCUCUCUCCUCUCUCCUCACUCCUCACUCCUCUCUCCUCACUCCUCUCUCCUCUCUCCUCACUCCUCUCUCUUCUCUAUCCUCUCUCCUCGCUCCUUGCUCCUCUCUCCUCGCUCCUCACUCCUCUCUCCUCGCUCCUCUCUCCUCACUCCUCUCUCCUCCUCUCCCUUACUCCUCUCUCCUCUCUCCUCUCUCCUCACUCCUCUCUCCUCGCUCCUCUCCUCUCUCCUCUCUCCUCUCUCCUCACUCCUCUCUCCUCUCUCCUCACUCCUCACUUCUCUCUCCUCACUCCUCUCUCCUCUCCCCUCACUUUCACUCUCACCUUUAUCUGUCCCCCUCUCUACCCCUCUCCUUUCUCUCUCCCACCCCCCUGUGGCUUUUUCUCUUUCUAUCCCUUCUCCACUCGUUCUCUCUCCUCCCCUAUUCUCUCCUCUCUUUCUGCAUCCAUCUGUUUCAUCCCUCCUUCCAUCUCUCCCUCCCCUCUCCAGUGUGUGUGAGAUCAUAGGCCAGUCUGAUGGAGGUCUGUCUGUCCUGAGGACCUUCAGACUGUUGAGGGUGAUCAAGCUGGUGCGCUUCAUGCCCGCGCUGCGCAGACAGCUGGUGGUGCUGAUGAAGACCAUGGACAACGUGGCCACCUUCUGCAUGCUCCUCAUGCUCUUCAUCUUCAUCUUCAGGUAUAGGCGUGUGUGUGUGUGUGUGUGUGUGUGUGUGUGUGUGUGUGUGUGUGUGUACGUGCGUGCGUCUGUCUCCUCUCUCUGUCUGUCUCCUCCACCUGUCUCUCUCUUCACCCUGUCUGGCUCCUCUCUCUGUCUCCUCCUCCUGUCUGUCUCCUCGCCCUGUCUGUCUCCUCUCCCUGUCUAUCUCCUCUCCCUGUCUGUCUCCUCUCCCUGUCUGUCUCCUCCCCCUGUCUGUCUCCUCCCCCUGUCUGUCUCCUCCCCCUGUCUGUCUCCUCCCCCUGUCUGUCUCCUCCCCCUGUCUGUCUCCUCCCCCUGUCUGUCUCCUCUGCCUGUCUGUCUCCUCUCCCUGUCUGUCUCCUCUCCCUGUCUGUCUCCUCCCCCUGUCUGUCUCCUCUGCCUGUCUGUCUCCUCUCCCUGUCUGUCUCCUCUCCCUGUCUGUCUCCUCUCCCUGUCUGUCUCCUCUCCCUGUCUGUCUCCUCUCUCUGUCCGUCUCCUCUCUCUGUCCGUCUCCUCUCUCUGUCUGUCUCCUCUCUCCCUGUCUGUCUCUCUGUCUGUGUGUGUGUUAUCUGUGAGGGUAGUAAUGUAGAGGCUAGUCCCCUCCAGCUCCAGAAGAGCAAUGUCCUCCUUGUUUGAGUGACAGGGGCAUAAGCAGUAGAGUGUGAUUGAUAGAGGGGAGAGCAAUAACAGAGAGCAUUCCCCUGGUGUUCAUCGAGACAUGCGCACACACACACACAUACACAUACACCCUGCAGCACUGCAAUCUCACAUAAGUGCACUGAGACAGAUGGUAGCAGGCUAGCGAUGGAGUGAGCUAACACACUCCCACUACCCUAUCUAUCUUCCCACUGUAGCUGCUUGCGAUUGUGAAUGUUAUUGAUUCCUGUUGCCGCUCCUGAAGGCACUAUGGGUAUUGUAUCCACUCUGGUGUGUUACAGCGCUCUAUUCAUAACCCUUCCCUGGUCACUGGUUAGAAGAAGCUCUGAGGCUCUACUUCUCCAUGUAGGAAGUGUAUGUUUUCAAAACCAGAAGCUCCAGAUGCACUGCUUACUGUUUUAUUCAAGUGCUGACUUUUCAGUGUGUGUGUGUGUGUGUGUGUGUGUGUGUGUGUGUGUGUGUGUGUGUGUGUGUGUGUGUGUGUGUGUGUGUGUGUGUGUGUGUGUGUGUGUGUGUGUGUGUGUUAGGCGUAUGAUGCUGCUACUAAUGUAUGUUACUGUUUAUAGUUGACAUAUCUCUGUCCUAUUCCAGUAUCCUGGGGAUGCAUAUCUUUGGCUGUAAGUUCAGUCUGAAGACAGAGACUGGAGACACUGUUCCUGACAGGAAGAACUUUGACUCUCUACUGUGGGCCAUUGUCACUGUGUUUCAGGUAUGGAACACACACACACAUGCAAAUGCACAGAAAGUGCACACAUGCACGCACACACACACACAUACACACACAGGCAGGCAGGCAGAAACACACACACACAUUUAGUUGCAUUCACUUGCAACUCAAUCUGGUUUCCUGGACAUUUUGAAAGGGGUACCACAAAGUUCUAUUUUAGGCCUGGUUCAGUUCAUUUAAGUGAAUGGCAAAGCUGUAUAACUGUAAACUUAAUCUAUAUGCUGUAUUCCCCAGAUUCUGACUCAGGAAGACUGGAACAUGGUGCUGUAUAAUGGAAUGGCCUCCACCUCUCCCUGUGCUGCUCUCUACUUUGUGGCUCUAAUGACCUUCGGCAACUACGUCCUCUUCAACCUGCUGGUGGCCAUCUUGGUAGAGGGCUUUCAGGCUGAGGUAAGACCAGAGGUUUUGUAACUUUUAUUAGUCCUCCAUUGUUGGUGAAUUUUCACUAACAGGCUUAGCUCCUGUCAGAGAUACAUGAAUCGUUAAUGAGCCAGGCAAGGGUGGUCUGAGUCUCUAAGACAAGUCUGGAGGAUGGGGUAACCUGUUCUGAUUGGAUAGAGCGCUUAGCUAAAGAGCAGAUUGGGCACUUAAGAAACUGACUCUGACUGCCUGGAUCUGUAGCUUUUAGUAAAUCAAGGCUGGGAUAAAACUUUAAAAGUUACUUAGCUGGCCUACCUCUCGGAUACUUUCAGAAUGAGGCCAGGUAAGAUUGACGUUUUCUAUUUAAAAAUGCCUGUGGCUGUUGUCAUAGUUCUAAUCGCUCUUUCUUUCGCUCCUUCCCUCCAUCCCUCUCUCCUCUGGAAACAGGGGGAUGCCAACCGGUCGUACUCCGAAGACGACAGGUCCUCGUGUAACUUUGACGAGAACUCUGACAAGCUGAAGGACUCGCUUCAUCUCUCUGGUAUGGCUCAGAGGCCUAAAACUAUACUGUAGAAACAGCUUUUUAGAGCCGUAGAAACACUACCUUGUAGAGCCGCAAUGGCUGAACAGGUUCACUGGGAGAAAUUAGUUGUACAGCAACCACUAAAAGGUAGAUUUCAUUGACUUCUAUACUGACUCAGUGAAGCAGCAGAAUUCACAAAGGGGACAGUUCACCCAGUCUAUUAAUGCUAUUGCUAAUGUCAAAUCUCCCUUUUUCUAAAGAUGUAUGAAUGUUAUUGAAUAGAUGUAAUGUAUGAAUUGUAUUGAGUUAAAGUCUGAUAUUAAACCAGUCACCGAUGCUAGAAUGAUUUAGCCUGGUCCCAGAUCUAUUUGUGCAGUUUUGCUAACUCCAAAAGUCAUGUUUGCCGUGACAUGGCCAUAGUUAGGAAGGCAGCACAAACAGAUGAGACCAGGCUAGGAAUGCUUCCCAGAUCAAGCCUGAUCUCUCUGAAAUGUAAGCAGCAGAAAUGUUAACUAAUACAUGUGUUACAACACAACUUCUCCCACUCUCUUCUCCUCCCUACAGACAUACACAACCCAAACUUGUCUUACUGUACAAACUUACAGUACACUCCAUGAGCUAGUCAGACCAUGUUAGGUUGAGAAUGUGCUUAGUCAGUCUAUGCCACUUUCUUUUAUCUUCUAAGAUGUGCUUUGCAGUUUCUCACUCAAAUUGCUCUUCUUCAACUUCAUCCUCUCUCUCUCUGACCUCUUUUUCCUCUCUCUACCACUUCUUAUCUCUCUUCUCUUGCUCAUGCGUCCUCUCAUCUCUCUCUCUCUCUCUCCUCUUCUCCUUCUUCUCUCUCUUCCAUCUCCUUCUCCCCCUCCUUCCCUCUUCCCUCCUUCUCUCCUCCCAGACCCUAAGAUCUGCACCCUAACCCCCAACGGUCACCUGGACCUGUCCCCAACGCCCACGGGUCUGUACACGGCCGACAGGCUCACUUUCGCUCUGGGCUCACGCAAAAACAGUGUCAUCUCUCUGGGCAGGGCUAACCUGGAGGGCAGGGCUCUGGUGAGUGGUGGGAGGAAGGAGGGAGGGAGGAGACUGGAGGGAGGGGAGAGAGGAGGGAAGAGGAAAUAGGGAAGGAGGUACAAUGGGAGGGAGAACUGGUUUGGAAUGGACUGGGUCAGAACGAGAUGUGUCUGGCUAUGGUUGCAAUCAAUUCAGGAAAUGACAUAAAAUUGCCCAUUUGAAAAGAAAUUGCCCAUCAUUGUAAUGUUUUUUUUUGUUCUUUAAUUGAUCCCUCUUCAGUCACUGCAAAUGGCUGGGUUGGCCUAAUGGUUUCGCUCUCCCUUUGUCUCUCUCACUUUCCCUUUCUCCCUCUCCCUCUCCGUCUUUCUCUCCCUCUCUGUCUUUCUCUCCCUCUCCCUCUCUGUCUCCCUCUCCCUCCCCCAGUGUCCGGGGCGCAGCUCCCUGUACCACAACUGGGGCCGCCCUGCCUUCCAGACCCAGGCAAUGUGGGGCCGGCGGUCCAGCUGGAACAGCCUGGGUCGGCCCUCCCGAGCCUUGGGCCUGGGAUUGGAGGUAGGAGGAGGGGGCAGCCUGCGCUCCUGCAGCCCCCACGCCGCCAACCCAGCCGAGCAGGAGUCCCUCCUCUCCCCCCCUCACCCUCCCUCACACCUCGCCCACCCUCCUCCCCUCCUGGCCCGACACUUUGUCCCGCAGCGGGACCGCCGGGCGCUGUCCUUGGAGCUACCAGAGCUCCUCCAGGUCCCGGGGAACCCCCUGGCGCAGCUGCUGCCUUACUCCAGGAAGAAGAGCUUCUCCGGUGGGCUGGUUGGUGGAGGGGCUGGGGGGGAGCACCAGGACUGCAAUGGGAAGGCCCCCUCGGCCCAGCUCCAGCUUCAACUUCAGCUGCCACCACAUCCACAUCCCCAUCCACAGCUACUGACAGAGGUGUUCCCUCAGGUCAACACACGCAAGGACAGAGAGGACCUGGACGAUGACAUCGACUAUGUGAGUUGGUGUUGGGGGUGAGGGGGAGGUCUGGGGGUGAGGAUGGGUGAGGUGAGAUGUGUGUGGAUGAGGAUGGGUGAGAGAUUUAGGGAGAGGGAGAGGUGUGGGGGUGAGGAUGGGUGAGAGGUUGGGUGAGGGGGAGAGUGGUGAGGAGUGAGGGAUAGAGUAAGUGAGGAGGGGAGGAUCUGAAUAAUAAGAUUAAAGAGUGAGUUGGUUAUGAUGAUAAACAAUGAUAAAGACAGAUACUGUAGAUAGGAGAGAAGGAACUGUUGUUUUACCUGUGUUCAUUCAUGACCAGUAGCCUAAUGCAGCUUAUAGUAUAAUAAACCCACUCUUUAUAUAGCAGUUUAUAAAAUAAAUAUCCAGGUAUACAUUCUCCAGUAGAUUACCCAUUGUGUCUCUCCCCUGGGAUUCUAUUGUUUCAACAGUAAGCAAUCCCAUACAUACAGGACUGAACCAGGGCCAAUUAAUAAUGAUAUUUACACAUGUUGCAUCCCAAAUGGCACCCUAUUCCCUAUAUAGUGCACUACUUUGACCAGUGCCUAUAGUACAUUAUAUAGGGAAUAGGGUUCCAUUUGGGACUCAGUCACUGAGUAGAGCAGACAAAUAGGGAUGCUGGAUAUUAUGCUUCUAGGUGUUGAUAAAGCAAAGUGUCCUCUCUUGUAAACAAUUACGACAGAGGAUUCAUCUUUGCUCGUGGGAGGUGGAAUAAUCGGAAUAAUAUUAUUGUAUUGUACAGUAUAGCCAUUUCUCUUUGUCUAGAACCAAUGUGCGUAUGUGUACUGAAUGCACUCACCAAACUGUAUGGUGUGUAUAUGUGUGCGCGUGCAUGUGUGUGUGUAUUCUGACUGUGUGUGUGUGCUGUGUCCCUCCUCCAGAGUCUGUGUUUCCGUAUCCAGAAGAUGAUGGAGGUUUACAGGCCAGAGUGGUGCGAGACCAGAGAGGACUGGUCUGUCUUCCUCUUCUCUCCUCAGAACAGGUCUGUCUGUCUGUCAAUCCCUCUUUUCACUCGUUCACUCUUUCAUUUCAUUUCCUGCUCAGCACUAACACACCUGAUACAGCAAAUCAAGGCUUUGGUGUUCCGUUCAUAAGUUGUUGAAUCCGAUGCAUUAGUUCUAGGCUAGAACGAAAGCUUGCACAACCUGUGGAUCCCCACUCCCCAAGAGAACAAUUGCAGAGCCCAAACUUAUCGGAAUACCUGCUCACCGCUUUACAUCCAGCCUUUGGGCUACUCAGCUAAUCAAUAACACUGGGACGGGUUGCCAGGCUCCUCACCUGGUCGAUAGAGAGGACGGGUUGCCAGGUGUUCAGAGAGAGCCUUGAUUAGUGUAUGGAUCCCUGUCCCUGAGGUAGCAAAGGGAUGCUUCCCAUAGCGAUCCUCUAUCUGUUGGUCAACAAUAAAUACACCGCAAGGCUCAGAGAUAGAGCUCAGGCAGGCAGGCUGGCAAGGCAUUGCAACAGUGUUCUGUUAGCUGUGGAGGUACGCUAUAUAUACAAAAGUAUGUGGACACCCCUUCAGAUUAGUGGAUUCGACUAUUUCAGCCACACCCGUUGCUGACAGGUGUAUAAAAUUGAGCACACAGCCAUGCAAUCUGCAUAGACAAACAUUGGCAGUAGAAUGGCCUUACUGAAUAGCUCAGUGACUUUCAACAUGGCACCAUCAUAGGAAGUCAGUUCGUCAAAUUUCUGCCCUGCUAGAGCUGCCCCGAUCAACUGUAAGUGCUGUUAUUGUGAAGUGGAAACGUCUAGGAGCAACAACGGCUCAGCCGCGAAGUGGUAGGCCACACAAGUUCACAGAACGGGACCGCCGAGUGCUGAUGUGCGUAGCGCGUAAAAAUCGUCUGUCCUCGGUUGCAACACUCACUACCGAGUUCCAAACUGCCUCUGGAAGCAACGUCAGCACAAGAACUGUUAGUCGGGAGCUCCAUGAAAUGGGUUUCCAUGGCCGAACAGCCACACACAAGCCUAAGAUCACCAUGCCCAAUGCCAAGCUUCGGCUGGAGUGGUGUAAAGCUCGCCACCAUUGGACUCUGAAGCAGUUGAAACGCGUUCUCUGGAGUGAUGAAUCACCCUUCACCAUCUGGCAGUCCGACGGACGAAUCUGGGUUUGGCGGAUGCCAGGAGAACGCUACCUGCCCGAAUCCAUAGUGCCAAAUGUAAAGUUUGGUGGAGGAGGAAUAAUGAUCUGGGGCUGUUUUUCAUGGUUCGAGCUAGGCCCCUUAGUUCCAGUGAAGGGAAAUCGUAACGCUACAGCAUACAAUGACAUUCUAGACAAUUCUGUGCUUUGUGGCAACAGUUUGGGGAAGGCCCGUUCCUGUUUCCGCAUGACAAUGCCCCCGUGCACAAAGCGAGGUACAUACAUAAAUGGUUUGUCGAAAUCGGUGUGGAAGAACUUGACUGGCCUGCACAGAGCCCUGACCUCAACCCCAUCAAACACCUUUGGGAUGAAUUGGAACGCCCAACAUCAGUGCCCGACCUCACUAAUGCUUUGACGAGCAGGUGUCCACAUACUUUUGGUCAUGUAGUGUAUUUGGUAUUUCUCACUGUGUAGUAGGAGCUGAUUUAAUUACAGAUGUUUUGUAAUCUCUUUCUAUCAUUAUAUCUCCAUUUCUCUCUCUGUGUUUCUCUCUCUGUGUUGCUCUCUCUGUGUUGCUCUCUCUCUGUUUCUCUCUCUCUGUGUUGCUCUCUCUGUGUUUCUGUCUCUGUGUUUCUCUCUCUGUGUUUCUGUCUCUGUGUUUCUGUCUCUGUGUUUCUCUCUCAGUGUUUCUCUCACUGUGUUUCUCUCUCUGUGUUGCUCUCUCUGUGUUGCUCUCUCUGUGUUGCUCUCUCUGUGUUGCUCUCUCUGUGUUUCUUUCUCUGUGUUUCUCUCUGUGUGUUGCUCUCUCUGUGUUGCUCUCUCUGUGUUGCUCUCUGUGUUGCUCUCUCUGUGUUGCUCUUUCUGUGUUUCUCUCUGUUUCUCUCUUUCUGUGUUGCUCUCUCUGUGUUGCUCUUUCUGUGUGUCUCUCUCUCUCUCUCUCUGUCUCUCUCUAUUGUAGUGGUGUCUCUAUGGAGCAAGGUGCCUUUAAAACGCCAGUUAAUGGGAAUUGCUUUGAAAGGAAAUGAAAUAAUCAGCAAGAAUGGGGCUAUUUACUGACUGAAUGAUGAGCAAUCCCCAGUUCUCUGUCAAUGAGGCACAAUAAUGGGUUUUAAUCAGUAGAGAUGUUACAAAACACAUGUUUUUAAAUUGUUUCUCUCUUUCCCUCUUGCUCUCUUUCUCUUCCUUUCUGUCUCCCAAUACCACUCCCUCUCUCUCCACUAUCUCCCUCCCUCUCCACCUGCCUCCCUCCCUCUCUCUCCACGAUCUCCCUCCCUCCCCAUCUGCCUCCCUCCCUCUCUCUCCACUAUCUCCCUCCCUCCCCACCUGCCUCCCUCCCUCUCUCUCCACUAUUUCCCUCCCUCUCCACCUGCCACCCUCCCUCUUUCUCCACUAUCUCCCUCCCUCCCCAUCUGCCUCCCUCCCUCUCUCUCCAUUAUCUCCCUCCCUCCCCACCUGCCUCCCUCCCUCUCUCUCCACUAUUUCCCUCCCUCUCCACCUGCCACCCUCCCUCUUUCUCCACUAUCUCCCUCCCUCCCCAUCUGCCUCCCUCCCCUAUCUCUCCAUUAUCUCCCUCCCUCCCCACCUGCCUCCCUCUCUCUCCACUAUCUCCCUCCCUCCCCACCUGCCUACCUCCUUCUCUCUCCACUAUCUCCCUCCCUCCCCACCUGCCUUCCUCCCUUUCUCUCCACUAUCCUCCCUCCCCCCCCUCCCUACCUCCCUCCCUCCCUCUCUCAGGUUCAGGCGGGUAUGCCAGUCCAUCAUAGCCUACAAGAUGUUUGACUAUGUGGUGCUAGCAUUCAUCUUCUCCAACUGUAUCACCGUGGCUCUGGAGAGACCCAAGAUCAUGCAGGGCAGCCUGGUAAGGAUCAAAGUUCACCACUAGGUUUCAACCAUAGAAAUAUAAUUAGUCAAUGCUCUUCUAUUUCUAGGGGUGUAACUCCCUGUGAUAUCUCUCUCUCCCUCUCUCUCUCUCUCUCUCUCUCUCUCUCUCUCUCUCUCUCUCUCUCUCUCUCUCUCGCUCUCUCUCUCUCUCUCUCUCGCUCUUCUCUCUCUCUCUCUCUCUCUCUCUCUCUCUCUAGGAAAGAGUAUUCCUAACCAUCUCCAACUACGUCUUCACAGCCAUCUUUGUAGCGGAGAUGACGCUCAAGGUA